AUGGGUGCUAAGAAGGAUCCGAAGGCGUCCGCGAAGGCCACCUCCAAGACCCCGAAGAAGCCUAAGGAAGGAGGCAGCGGCAAGGCCAAGAAGAAGAAGUGGUCCAAGGGAAAGGUCCGUGACAAGUUGAACAACCUGGUUCUGUUCGACCAAGCCACAUACGACAAGUUGUACAAGGAAGUUCCGAGCUACAAGCUCAUCACACCCUCUGUUGUCUCUGAACGUCUCAAGAUUCGUGGUUCCCUCGCGCGCCGUGCAUUGAUUGAGCUGCAGUCCAAGGGACUCAUCAAGCUCGUCGUAAAGCAUCGUUCGCAGAAGAUUUACACCCGUGCUGUGAAGGGUGACGCUGAAUGA